CGCUUGGAAUCAUAUCUUGAUAUCUGCGACAAGACUCGUCCCAUAUCAACGCCAUCAUGUCAAAAUGCCCAAUCACAAUACUUUGUACAAGCUUGACGUCUAGAUCCCAUGAGACAGAUAAAGGAUUAUCAUGCUUUUGACGUGCCAGCUUUUGAGCUAGAGGUGAAUGUUCUGUCACCAUUCAUCUCAUCUCUUCGGAUAUGUCAAAUUUAGACCCCGGAUGGUUGUCAAAAUGACCGUCGAGAGACCAUUUAUCAUUAUCUGAGACUGUUGAUGUAAAGAUAUGAUGUUAAGGGAGCUAUUUACCAUACAAUAACCGAUCGAUCUGAUAUACCACAACCAAUUGGGAGAGUGACCAAUAUGCGAUACCUCAUCCAAACUUCAGACGCACAUAAGAUGUAUUAGAACGGGUGAGGAUAAUAUCUCAAGCUUCUUCUAUAGCGCUAAUUUUAUCAAGUAGGAUUCAACGGAUGAAAGUGAAAUCCUUGACCUUGUUUCCUUUCUCCGUCUGAUCUACGAAGCAGUAAAUUUCACAAGUGUGGAAAGUCAGAAUGAUAGAUGCGAAUUAUACGACCUGAUGUUCGACCUGGGAUGUGUUUGGUCCAGGUUUUGUCACAUGAUGAAGGCAUUAAUGGCUCAAGAUAUAAGAUCUGUCAAAUUGCCAAGUAAAUAUUAUUUUCCUCAUCGCAUUUGCGCUUUUCUUUCAGCUCUAUCUACAUUCUUUUCUUGUCAGUUCUGAGAACUUGAACUUUUACACUCUUUAAACUUAGCUCUUGCAAUCAAUUAUUUCAAUCUAGGCAGGCCCUUAUAUACUUGUAUUAGUCAAAUUAUUAUCUAUCAACCACUUUUCAAUCUCCAUCGUUAUCACAUCGAUUCAUCAUCAUGAAGUACGAAAUCGCAAUUCUCUUCAUCACCAUCCUAAACAUGGUAUCUGCUGCUCCUGUCGCAGAGCCAAAGAACAAAUUCAAUCUUCCCACGACACCAAAGCGAAUGCUAAGAGGUCGUGAAGUUCCUCAAGAACAUUCCCACAAUCGAUUUCUCGACGGUGUCCGUGUCAAUCUGAACAUCAACAACCCAAACAAUAUCCAAGAUCCAGUCUUUGGUCUAUUGGGUAAUGCCGCCGCUAUUAAAGGAGCUGGAUCUAUCACCAAUCCUGAUUGUCUUCAUCAAGCUACAGCCGAUCAAGCUUUCACCAAUGCCAAAGCUGCUAAUAAUAUCACCGGUAUGGCUGAUGCAUUGAUGUAUGCUGCGCUUGAAAGAAAUACUGGAUCAGUUGGUCUCGCAUCUGUUAUUUGCAAUGAAACUGCCGUCAAUUCAGAGAUUCAAGCAGUUCAACAACAUCAAGAUCCAGCUGCACCAAAUGCUGCCGCUACCAAUAAAGCCAUUGUUCUAUCACUCGCCAAACAACUUGCCUCUAUUGGAGCUGAUCCUCAAGAAGCUCUUCUUUCUGGUACAUUUGCACCUGGAACAAUUGGUGAUUCAACUGGUGCUGGUAAUAGUUGUGAUACUGAGGAUGACUCACCUGGUUGUAUCUUUACUCAAAAUCUUCUAGUGGACGAUGCUACAGCCGAUGAAAUUACAGCAGCUGUUGCAGGAACCUCAAAAAAUUCUACCUUGACAGCUACUACUUCUAGCUCAUCGAGUGACUCAACUUCUGAUGCAACAGGUGAUGGAUGUGCAGCUGCAGUAACAAGCACAAUUACAGCUUCAUCAGCAGUAGCAACAGACUCUUCCGCAUCUUCUAGAACCAACAUCACAGCAACAGGAACAAAUGUCCAAGCAUUCACCGGUACUCUAGGCGGUACACCACCUCCAGUAAUUUCCUCAGCAGGAGAUCGUCCGUUCUCAGUUAACGGCGAUACUUUUGUAGGUGAAGGAGCAGCUCUCCAAAGAAGUUGUAGCGUACAACAUAAUGCGUGUGCGAAGGCAGUUAAUAGUGGGGAAUUGGCGGGAGGAGAGGAACAAUGUGAGACGCAGGAGACGGCUUGUAAUGCUGCGAGUGGAGCGACGAAGAUGUUGAGGAGACAGGCUGGGAUUUUGUAGAUGGUUGGGUUGAAUGGCGGGUUGAUACGGAAGGGGGAUGAUAGUUGAUGAAUAUCAUGUUGAGCAUGUAUGAACGGACAAAGAUUGAUGCAUGAAUAUACACGAGAUUCAACGGGAAUAGAAGUGGAGCGUAAGGAAAUCUGGUGAUUUAUACGGCGUUCAAUAUUUAACAGUAAACCUAUG